AUGGCAGCGUAUCGAAAGCACGCUUUGGAAAAAUUGAAUAAAGAUGUUUGUACAAAAAAAGAUGGUACAGAAAAGAGGCCUAUUAAUGAUAGCAUGAACUCGGAACAAGGAGGCCAUGAAAACUGUACAUUCCACCAUGACUUGGAGUUGGACCACAGACCACCAACCAGAGAGGCGUUGCUCCCUGACAUGGCUAACUCAUACAGACUACUACUAACAGGCUUAGGCGAAGAUCCUGAGAGACAAGGACUUUUAAAGACUCCAGAACGCGCCGCCAAAGCCAUGUUAUUCUUUACCAAAGGAUACGACCAGAGUUUAGAGGAGGUCCUAAACAAUGCGAUAUUUGAUGAAGACACUGAUGAAAUGGUGGUAGUAAAAGAUAUAGAAAUGUUCUCUAUGUGCGAGCACCAUCUUGUACCUUUCUAUGGGAAAGUGUCUAUCGGAUACUUACCACAAGGAAAAAUCCUGGGACUUAGCAAAUUGGCUCGAAUCGUAGAAAUCUACUCCCGUCGCCUUCAAGUACAGGAGCGUUUAACAAAACAGAUAGCCGUGGCCGUCAAUCAGGCGGUCAGACCCGCGGGAGUUGCUGUCGUCAUUGAGGGAGUACACAUGUGUAUGGUGAUGAGAGGAGUCCAGAAAAUAAACAGCAAGACUGUUACUUCCACAAUGUUAGGAGUAUUCCGCGACGAUCCCAAGACCAGGGAAGAGUUUCUUAAUGUCGUCCAUUCAAAA